AUGUGUGACUAUGUAUGUAUAAAACUUGUGUUGUUUUCCAUUUUGCUGCUGAUGCUGAGACAGCGCGGUGCUGCUGCUGCUGGGCAGCAGCAGCAGCACCUCGUGCGGCACUCUUCGCAGCUGCGGCCGCAGCAACAACAGCAACAACAGCAACAACAGCAGCAGCAAAAUGGCGAAGUCAAUGCUAGAUAUGACCCUUGGAGGCCUGUGCAUAUAUCUCUUGCUGCCAUGGCGCUAGAGCUUACUGCUGCCCCAGCAGCAGCAGCAGAUGCUGCAGCAGCUGCAGUGCCAGCUGCAGGAGUGAGAGCAGCAGCAGGUGCAGCAACAGCAGCAGGUGCAGCAGCAGCAGUUGCAUUGGGUGUUUGUGGUGUCUGUACACCUCAGAUGAUAUCGUGGAGGCCGAGAGGAGGGAGCGAAGGACAGAGAGAAGAGAAGGGCCCGUACGCAGAGGAGGAUACAUGCGCGGUGAAGGAGGAUACCGCGGCGGGCGAGGCGGCAGCUGGGCGGGGGCCCCCUAUUCCUCUUCCUGGGGUCGGGGGGGUUCAUGGGGUACCCCAUCAAACCGUAGUAGAGGGUACGGGGGCCCCUACAGUUCACCGGGGGGCCCCCCGUACGGGGGCCCCCAAUCUGGGGGCCCCUCUUACGGUGGGGGCCCUUCAUCCUCAGCUGCAGCCGCAGCAACAACAGCAACAACAGCAACAACAGCAGCAGCAAAAUGGCGAAGUCAAUGCUAGAUAUGACCCUUGGAGGCCUGUGCAUAUAUCUCUUGCUGCCAUGGCGCUAGAGCUUACUGCUGCCCCAGCAGCAGCAGCAGUUGCUGCAGCAGCUGCAGCGCCAGCUGCAGGAGUGAUAGCAGCAGCAGGUGCAGCAACAGCAGCAGGUGCAGCAGCAGCAGUUGCAUUGGGUGUUUGUGGUGUCUGUACACCUCAGAUGAUAUCGUGGAGGCCGAGAGGAGGGAGCGAAGGACAGAGAGAAGAGAAGGGCCCGUACGCAGAGGAGGAUACAUGCGUGGUGAAGGAGGAUACCGCGGCGGGCGAGGCGGCAGCUGGGCGGGGGCCCCCUAUUCCUCUUCCUGGGGUCGGGGGGGUUCAUGGGGUACCCCCUCAAACCGUAGUAGAGGGUACGGGGGCCCCUACAGUUCACCGGGGGGCCCCCCGUACGGGGGCCCCUCUUCUGGGGGCCCCUCUUACGGUGGGGGUCCUUCAUCCUCAGGGUACGGGUGGCUGUGUGUUCCGCACGCUAGCUGAUGCUCGUCGGGCUGUGGAGGCGUUUGAUGGGCGGCGUAUAGAGGGGAAGCCGCUGCGGCUGCAGCUGCAGCCCCCCCGGGGGCCCCCAAACUAUGCAUACCAGGGGGCCCCCAACUGGUACCAGGGGGGCCCCAACUAUAACCAGGGGGGCCCCAAGUGGAAUCAGGGGGGCCCCAGGUGGAAUCAAGGGGGCCCCAAAUGGAGUGAAAAUGAAACAAGACCAGCUGAUAGAGGGUACGGACGAUGGUAA